AUGAAUACAGACGCCAACAUAGACAUCAUAAGAGAAAUGUCAAAGAAAAAGAUGGGGUGCAGCAACAAGUACCACCACGACCUGUACGAAAAACGCAUCUUAGAACUCCUGGUGGUCCAUCGCAUGGAAAAAAGUUUGACAAUAAAAUUAAAUCCGUCACCUCUUCACUCAUUGCAUUUUAACUAUAACGGAACUAGAUUGGCGGGUACGACCGACGAGAAGGACGUCACCGUUUGGGAUUGGGAACGGAAAAGGAAGUUGACCAGUUUCAACGUUAGAAAUUGUAAGGCAGACGACAGAGCAAUUUGCAGCAAAUUGCUGGACUCCCCCUUUAUACCCGUACCAUACAUAUCUGUCGUCACGUGCGGGCGUAAGUUCAAGGAAAUUAUGUACUGCAUUGAAACGUCGACUGGUACGCGGGCGGCGAGAAAACUGGGAGAGCACUAUGCCACUUCGGAAGAGUUGCCUCCCGGUGUAAGUCCUAUAGCCACUUUCUCCGACCCAAACGUUGUGAUGACGGUAGGAGAAGACGGAAGGGUUGUGUUGCACGACAUCAGAAAGAUGAGCGAGGAUAAUUUGUUGGUUGUUAAUAACGGGCGUGCAGGAAAGGCUGAUCUUUCACACGUCGCCGUCAAUCCGGCGGAAGCUACCAAGGAGUUUUGCGUGCUUGGUGAGACUAAUGGCAUUCUAGGGUUCGAUAUGAGGAAUUGUAAAAACUCGCUUUUCAAAUUGCCUCCACAGUCUCCCAUGCAGCUGGAGAGCUUUGCCUAUAAUAAGAGGGGAUCCCGGAUCGUGGUCGGAGAUCCGGUAUCCCUGCGUUUAUACGACACUCAAACUCCUUACCUCAAGCUGUGGGAGUACAGGUGUCACAGUACGGAAGUGCUGGGACCAGUCCAGUUUUUCGGACCCUUUCAUCAAUACGUUGUGGCCGGGAUGAAUGGAGGAGUCGGGAUUUGGUCAUUGACUUCCAGUUCCUUGUUGAAAAAGUUGUUGACCGAAGAGGACACCAGUUGCAUUGCUGUGAACUCCGAUGAGUUAGCUUUAGGCGUCAAAGGAAUAAACCCGGAGAUUCAAAAGUGGAAGGCUCCCGACAGUGGCUUAGGAUUAGAUUAA